CUCCUGUAAGAUACCUCAAGCUCAGUACUGCGUUUAAUGCCUCCAUAACUCGGUCUAUCCUUAACCUCGUAACUGGCAACUGCGCCCCUCAGCCACUUUUCUCAGCCACCGCUCAUUCUACUGAUGUGUUCAUGAUCCCGAGAACCGGAUGCAGUAGCUUGCAUGCAAGCCGCUUGCAAUGCGCAAUACAUGAACAGACACCCCGACAACACACAUUACCUACUCGAUACCCAGCUAGGAACGAAGCUAUGCGCCUAUCAAUGCAGGUCCAAUCCGGCGCUGCCGAACCAUCCACCCAUCCACCCAUCCACCCAUCCACCUCGACUAGUACGAACCAUGCAAUUCUCCAUCCCUGCCCAGGGCGCUCGAAUGCAGUUGCAGUGGGAUCCACCCCUCAACCUCUCCCAGCCAAUAACUCAAGUACUGAGUGCAGCCAGUCGACUAAAGGCAACUGAACUAAACACGGGGUGCCCGCCAUUAACACUCAUUUGGAAUCUCCCUCAGCCAGCCUCUUCCCACAACCUCAGUGCACCUUACCUUAACAAGUAUGGCUCAUCCAUCCUUUCCCUCCACUCCCCAGUUCACGCCUUAAGAACGAGAAGUUAAGCCCCUGCGAACUCAACGUAACUUGACGGGUAUUGGACCUUAAGUCCGAUUAUUCGUUUUCCUCCUUAUCGGCGCGGCCGGGGCGUUAAGAAUUUCCAUCCCCAGAGCACGUUU